AAUAAAAGUCUCACCAGCUUUGAACUUUCAGUUAUACAGAGAAUCUUCAGUGUUGGACGAUGAGGUCACUGAGGACUUGAUUACAUGCCAACAAACCUGGAAAACCACGCAAUGGAAGGCAGAUGGGAAGAGUUCAGGCGAACUGGCGUACAGUCUUCAUCAAAUCACAUGCCGCAAAUGGUAAUGAGCCUGCGGGUGUCGGAGCUGCAGGUGCUGCUGGGCUACGCCGGACGCAACAAGCACGGCCGAAAGCACGAGCUGCUGACCAAAGCGCUGCACAUGCUGAAGGCGGGCUGCAGUCCAGCCAUACACAUGAAGAUCAAAGAGCUCUACAGACGCCGCUUCCCCGCCAAACUGCUAUCACCCGCCGAGCUGGCGAUGCAGGGCGUGCGCUCGCCCGUCGUCUCGCUGCCCUCCGGCCUCACCCAGCUGCAGUACGAUGGGCACGCGUCACCCGCCUCUCCGUUACUGCCCAUCUCGCUCCUGGGGCCCAAGCACGAGCUGACGCUGCCCCAUCUGACCUCCACGCUACACCCCGUCCACCCAGACGUCAAGUUACAGAGGUUGCCCUUCUACGACGUCCUCGACGAGCUCAUCAAGCCCACCAGCCUCGCCUCGGACAGCAGCCAGCGCUUUCAGGAGACGUGUUUUGCUUUCGCAUUAACACCACAGCAAGUCCAGCAGAUCAGCAGCUCCAUGGACAUCUCGGGGACCAAAUGUGACUUCACUGUACAAGUACAGUUACGGUUUUGCUUAUCAGAAACGAGCUGUCCACAAGAAGACCACUUUCCUCCUAACCUCUGUGUAAAAGUCAACGGGAAGCCGUGUAAUCUGCCGGGUUAUCUUCCUCCUACCAAAAACGGAGUUGAACCAAAGCGGCCCAGCAGACCCAUCAACAUAACCUCACUGGUCAGACUGUCCACCACCGUCCCCAACACCGUUGUCGUGUCCUGGACGUCUGAGAUCGGAAGGUGUUACUCUAUGGCAGUGUACCUGGUGAAGCAGCAGUCAUCCACAUCACUCUUACAGAGACUCCGGGCCAAAGGCAUCAGAAACCCAGACCACUCCAGAGCACUCAUAAAAGAGAAGCUAACAGCAGAUCCCGACAGUGAAAUUGCCACUACGAGUCUGCGUGUGUCGUUACUAUGUCCGCUGGGAAAGAUGCGACUAAUGAUUCCAUGCCGAGCGUUGACGUGUUCCCACCUGCAGUGUUUCGAUGCCACACUGUACCUUCAGAUGAACGAGAAGAAGCCCACCUGGGUGUGUCCUGUCUGCGACAAAAAAGCACCCUACGAACACCUCAUCAUCGAUGGGUUGUUUAUGGAGAUUCUAAACAGCUGUGUGGACUGUGACGAGAUUCAGUUUAAGGAAGAUGGCAGUUGGGCCCCCAUGAGGUCGAAAAAGGAGGUGCAGGAGGUUUCCGCUUCAUGUAACGGCGUAGAUGGUGGAUGUCGGACGUCCGCACCCGAGCGGUCCAGCUCCCACUCGAAUGGAAGCGGGAGUGAGAAAGUCGAGGUGAUCGACCUGACUCUGGACAGCUCGUCUGAGGACGAGGAGGAGGAUGAACCCCCUGCAAAAAGAAGCUGCCCGUCCCUCUCACCAACCUCGCCGCAAAUGAACAAAGGAGUGCUAAAUCUGUGUACACAGGCGUCUCCGGCAAGUCGAACUCCCAGCAUGCCUCAAGUCGAGACCAGUUACAUCCCCCCUCUGCCUCCUCUCAUACAGGACUACCGCCACUACUACCCUACACCCAGCGACCUGUCAGAUCUGAACUUCUUUUCCUUCUUACAAGGAGAGAAUCAUCAGCACUAUAACAUGGCUCUGGCAGCAGCGGCCUCGGCGUCGGAAGAUCACGAGCUCCUGCUGAACCGCUUCCUCCCGUACGGCUCCUCGCAGCUCUUCUUGGACACCCCGGGCACACAGGUGAGCAGCAACAGCGCAGUUCACGCCACCCUCAACACCAACCGCAGCAACAGCAGCAGCUCCAGCAGCGGCAGCCUUCACACCAUCCCUCGCUCCACCUCCGACAUCUACGGCUCCAUCCCCGAUAUCAUCUCGCUAGACUGACCCAUGAUCUCACCCUGCGAACGGACUCGAGGGCGUGUUGGGAAAAACAAACACAGACAAAAGAAAUGAGGAGAUUAUUGGGAGGUUUUCCUAACGAUGAAGUGCUGUGUACAGAGAACAAAUCUAUUUUCAGUUUUACAUUUUGUAUAUAUAUAUAAAUAUAUCGAUAUAUACAUAGAAAUAUAAACACAGACGUUUCAGAACUGUUUUCUUUUCUUCCAUAGAAAAUCAUCACUGUGUGUAAUUUUAUCAUCACGUCGGUUGUACAUAUUUUGUAUCUUUUCGUUUCACUUUUUGCUACAUCACGUUUAGUGUCAUCUUCGAUGGCGUCACCCUCCCACACAGGGACAUCACGGCGCGUCCGCCCGUCCAUCGUCCAUGUGGACGAUCCAGAUGGACCCGGACGUGCUUCUGUAAUACUGGCAGUGUUUUUUAACUCCUAGAUGGUUUUAUAAUGGUUUUAAAUUAUAUGAAGAACAUGAACUGAUUUCUGGAUUUUCUUACCUUCAGGACUAUGCUGUUUCCUGCCGAUUCAUGUUUUCUUGAAUAGCUUAUUUAUAAUGAUUGUGCUUU